CGACGAUCACUUUCAUAGAAGAAGAAAAAAACUGGGUACUCCCUGAAAAAAAGAAAAUGUUGUGUCGUAAGAAUUGGAGUUGUGUGGAAACAGGAUCUGAACCAGUGUAUCUGAACGUGUAUGAUCUAACGCCAAUUAAUGGCUAUGCUUACUGGUUCGGACUUGGGGUUUAUCAUUCUGGUGUUCAGGUUCAUGGGGUUGAAUAUGCGUUUGGGGCUCACGAAUAUCCAACAACUGGGAUAUUUGAGGCAGAACCCAAACAGUGCGAUGGGUUCACCUUUAGGAAAUCAAUUUUGAUCGGGAAAACGGAGUUGGGUCCUGCGGAUGUGAGGGGAGUUAUGGAGGAUUUGGCCGAUGAAUUCAAAGGAAAUGCUUACAAUUUAAUCACCAAAAACUGUAACCAUUUCUGCAACGAUGUUUGCAUCAGGUUGACUGGGAAUCCAAUCCCCAGCUGGGUUAAUCGCCUUGCUAGAAUUGGGUUCUUCUGCAACUGCGUUCUUCCAGUGACUUUAAGUGCAACCAAGGUGAAGCAUCACAGAAUCGAAGACAAAUCCUGUGAAGGAGAAAAGAAGAAAUUGACGAACGAUUCCAACAGAUUCACGUUAUCUUCAACCUCAUCUUCGAGCUCAUCGCCUUCGACCACUGAAUCUCAGACUCGGGGUAGACUUCACCAUUCAUUCUUGCUCCAUCAUCUUGAUUACUUUUAUUUUCUUUUGAAAGCAAAGCCAAGGCUUUCUUUCUUUUUGGGUUGCAAUAUUUUUGUUAUUAUUCUAACAUUGGGAAUAUUUGGAGGCUUGAAAUCUGUACAUUUGUAA